CACUAAUCCAUGCCUUCAAUCUCGCACAAACACAAUAAUCAUACUCAUGCCCCUCACUUGCAACUUAGUUGUCCACCAUAUAAAUAUGCACCUCGCUCACACUAAACAAAAACAAAUCCCAAGUUUCUUCUACUCUUUAGAAUAGAAUGGGUGUGGAAGAUGGUUCAUUUAGAAAGCCAGGUGCAGUUCCAUUCAAGUGGGAGAUAAAUCCUGGUGUACCAGUACACCACAACCAUCAUAACUACCAUAACCAUCACGACCACCAAGGACCACAGGUUCAGUCGCCGGAACCACCAUCGCCAAAGCUCAAGCCACCUCCGGCAGGGUUAUAUCCAUUUUCCUUGGCUGAGCGGCGGACCAGAUCCUUUCGGUCGAGUCCGAGAGUACGGUCCGACCGGUGGAGGUUCGACCGGUCGCUUAUUACCCGACCGGAAACCGUGUCGGCGGGGUGCUUCUUCUCGCCAUUGCUAAGGAGAUUGUCGAGCAAGAAGGCGGGUUCGAAACGGUUUGCGAAACCCGAUAAGGAAUCUCAAAGUGUUUCGGAGCUCGAGACGCUUUCGCGGUGGUCGUUAUCGUCGAGAAAGUCGUUAUCGCCGUUUCGGGUUUCGACGUCGUCGUCUUCGGUUGCAUCUUCGCCCCGACUCGUUGGUGAUGCUGAAUGGGCCGGGUUUGGGCUUUUCUGAGAAUGAUUUGGCCUUUUGAUCGAGUGAUAAGCUCGUUACACUUAAGCAAGUGUCAGAAGUUUAAAUUUCGCCGCCUUGUGCAUAUAAUAAUCUAUUAGCCAAUAAUAAAUUUUUAAAUGAAGCUUAUAUCCGUGACUAAAUUAGUAUUUAGUCGGUCAAACUGAAAGAUACUGUGAAUAAC